AUGUGUGGCAACAUCAUUGCGCCUGAGAUUCCCCACAAAGGCACGGCAGUGACGGUUCUGUGUGUGAUGUGCAAGUCUGUCAUUGCUGGAGCCUCCUCCAUCUUCCAAGUUGUGUCUUCAGAGAUUUAUCCAACUGUCAUAAGGAGUUUGGGAUACGGCGCCGCCAACACAGCGUCCAAGCUCGGGGCUGUUCUAGCACCUAUUGUCAUUGAUAUGGGUCCUGGGCGAGUUACAGCUUCGUACGCCAUUAUGUCUGGCCUUUGCUUCCUCUGCAUAUUGGCCAUCCUCUCACUGCGCGAGACCAGAGGAACAGAAAUGGAGGACACCCUCCAGGAGCCCCCAGCGUCAGCAGAAACAGCACCUACCAUUACAGCAGCACCAGCUGAAGCAGCACAGUCGAUAUUAUCAUCUUUCUCGUUACCACACACAACAUGUAAUUCAUCGGAAUCAUCAUCAUCAUCGUAUGAACGCGGGAGCGACAUAGUUUUAAUGGAAAGGCGGGCACAGAAAUACAACGGUUCAAAGAUACAUUCAGAAAAAUUCGAUUGCGAAGCAAGUGUUUCUGGAGAGAUAAGUGAAUUUGCGAGUACUUCUGUGGAUCAAGAUGAUGACAGUGCUGAUGGUACUGCAGCCGAUGGUGAAAUAUCACCUCUAAUUCAACACAGGCCUAUUAAAUAUGUUUCCUAGUUCUUUCAGUUUGGUAUUUCAUUAAAUCUAUUGGUCUCCUUAACAGAGAAUAAUAGAGAUAGAUACAUACAAGCCAGUUGUGCUAUACGGAUUAACUUUCAUAGUUAGGAAACAUACAUUGAAAAUACAUUACUGCAUGAAGCUGUGGCGAGCUUUGCUUUAUGUCAUCGUUACAAGCGAUUGAAAUUUUGUUUUCAUUGUGGCGAACAGUAAAGUUUGAUUUUUUAAAUGUUGUUUUGAUAAUGUCAGUGCCCUUUAAUUAUGAGGGC